AGUCAGAGAGAGUCCCUCAAUGUACCGACACCACAGAUCUAUCAUUAAUAAUAGCAUAUCUAUUGAUCAACAACAGCAGGAGGCGAAGAGAGUGAAAUAAGUAAACUGGGCGUUGAAGUUGUAGCAGAGUGUGUCCCUCCCUCCUCCAGGCUGAACUGUAGAAGCGCUACCAGCGAGAGGGACGCGAGAUUAGGGCAGCAGUUUGGGGGUCUCUGGAAUUUAUUAGCAGACGCUUCAAGCUCGCUGUUGUUGUAUCUUUCUUCUGGAUUCGUAGCAGAUCUACAGGUCUGACAAUUCUUCAGUCGGGCAUUCAUCCACGCUGACUCACAACCUUCAUAUUUUACCUCGUUUCAUCUCUGGAGCUCCGGACAGCGAAGAAGGACCCGUGUUUUGAGCUAAUAAGAGCAGACGGAAGCAGAGAGCAGAGCCGCAUCUUUUGACCUCAAUCCUGAACUACAUCAAAGAACUCAUGGGGCUCGGGGAGGCUUCAGCGAGGGGGACGAGCAUGGAAGGAGACUGCCUCAGCUGCAUCAAGUACCUCAUGUUUGUCUUCAACUUCCUUAUCUUUCUGGGUGGCUCGUUCCUCCUCGGUGUCGGGGUUUGGGUGGUUGUGGACCCCACAGGAUUUAGGGAGAUUGUGGCAGCAAACCCUCUUCUCUUCACGGGCGUCUACAUCAUCCUGGCCAUGGGAGGCAUGCUGUUCCUGCUGGGUUUCCUCGGCUGCUGUGGAGCCAUACGAGAAAACAAGUGUCUGCUGCUCUUUUUCUUCAUGCUGAUCCUCAUUAUUUUCCUGGCAGAGCUGGCGGCCGCCAUCCUCGCCUUCAUCUUCCGGGAGCAUCUGACCAGGGAAUACUUCACUAAGGAGCUGAAGAGACACUACCAAGGCUACAACAACACUGAUGUCUUCACGUCAACUUGGAACGCUAUUAUGAACACGUUUGACUGCUGUGGCGUGAACAGUCCAGAAGACUUCGAGGAAAGCAUCUUCAGGAUCAUAAACCCUAGUGAAAUGGUGCCGGAGGCCUGCUGCCGGAGGAAUAAUCAUGUUGGAGAAUCGGGCUUCAGUAACCGGGAGGAAUGCCUGUCGGGCAGCAUGCUGUACCGGAACAAUAAGGGCUGUUAUUCAGCGGUUGUGGACUACUUUGAGAUGUACAUCUAUGUUGCUGGUGCCCUGGCUAUUGUUGUGCUCACGAUCGAGCUUUUUGCAAUGGUGUUUGCCAUGUGUCUGUUCAGGGGAAUUCAGUAGUUCACCAAAAGACUUUUGCUUUUUCAAAAAAAGGACAACACCACAGAAGAAAACUGAACCACUCGUCAAAGAAUGUUUUGCUCAAUUUUAUAUAUCUAAAAGUAUUAAGGAACAACAACAAAAACGAAUCUUUGACCUGUACUUCACAGCUGGACCUUUGAGGUGCAAGGCAACAAAAACGCAACAUUGACAAAAAAAAAAGAGAAGAACAUUCUUUGAAUACCGCAAAGAUUUAAUGGGCUUUUUGUCACAAAGCCCAUGCGUAAUUUCGACCAGGUGUAAAACAGACCAGUUAAAGCCUGAUAAACAGAUGAAGAAGGUGCUGCACUGAUUUUGGAUGAAGAAUAUUUAUACUGAGUAAUGCUGGCUUGUUUGUAUAGGCAUUUGUGCUUUUAGUAAAAAGAAAAAGAAAUCAACAUAGACCAAACCACUUUCCUCUCGCCAACACAUUUCUACAGUCAUUGAAUGCAAGCUUUCACAAGCACAUUAUGUUAGUGUUGUAUAGUCAUGUGAAUUGACAUUUUUAUCUAUUCCUGUGUGAAUGCUGGAGAUAUUUGCGUGUGUGUGAGCGUAUGUGUGUGUCUGAGCGUGUGGUGAAUGUUCCUCUUCCCUGCUUGAAGACCAGCAUUUUUUUUUUUUUUUGGUAUUGUGAUGUUUAUUGCAAUAGUAAUUCUAUGUGAUUUUAGCUGAAAUUGAUGUGUAUGCAUUUGUAUUGAAGACUAACAUUAAAGGAAUCUCUGAUGAA